UAUCUUGAAAGGUCGUAUAACCGUGACGCUACCUCCCUGCCAGCUCGUCUUCAACCCUUACAGGCCUGUUUGGUAUAUUUUGUGGUAUAAUUUUGUUUAAUAAAAUUUGUGUUUUAUUAUAAUAAAAAUGGUCCUACUGGACAACGACACGUUCCUUACAAAACUGACGAUACUCUUCCAUGAAGCGAGGAACACGGGAUCGAUAGGGAUAACGAUGAAAAGAUACGAUGGCAGGACGAAGCACCUGCCGAAAAACGGUUCGAAAAACCCCGAGCCUUCUGAGUACAUGUGUCUCCUCAGGGCGAGCCUCGCCAACAGGAAGAUUUCGACAAUCGUGCAUCCUAAAGAGGUGAACAGGUUCCAGCAAGCGUACUGCAGCCUGCUCAGGGGCAACAUGGACGGUUUGAAAAAGGUGAAGAAGAGCAAGCAGAAGACAAAAGCAACCCAAUGAUUCAAUUACAAAAUAAUUUUAUAUUCUAAAAAAUUUUAAUUUCUUUUUUUUUUUGUUUAUAAC